CGGGUCCGGGGAAACUACGGCGAAGAAGUUGAGUGUUCGGUCACCGACGUUUUGAACAAUCUGAUUACCCCAUUUUUUUCAACUUCAUGGCCGGUCCGGGUACUUUAUCCGAUGAACCAUUGAGUCCUGCUGGCCGGCUUUUUAUUCAACCGAAAACAGAAGUCGUCAUCCACUGUAUCCUCCGUGGCAAAAACGCCAUCGACAUAGACGCUGUAAAAGCCAACGUGAAGUCUUCGUUGAUGUGGAAGCACCCCAGAUUUUGCAGCCUGCUGGUUCGUGAUGAGAACGGAUUCGAGCACUGGAGAAGAACCCAGCUCGACAUCGACCAACACGUCAUCGUCUUCAACAACCGGCUCGAUAAAUCCGGAAAAUUCAUGGAUGGAAGUGAAAACCAAGGUUUUAGCAUCGAACAAGAAGAAGACAGCGAUGAUGAUGAAAUGGCAGUGAAUCAAUAUGUGGCGGAUUUAUCAGUGAGCACUCCAUUGAAUACGGACAAACCCUUCUGGGAGAUCCAUCUUUUAAUGGCGCAUAAGUGCUUCGUGUUCCGGAUUCACCAUGCUUUAGGGGACGGGAUAUCCUUGAUGUCCAUGUUGAUGGCCAGUUGCAGGAAGGCGAGCGAUGAGAACGCACUCCCCAUGAUGGUUCCCGAGAAGACUGGAGAAUCUAUGGGCGAUAAAAGAAGGAGCCUAUUCUGGUUGCUUGGUGCCUUGUGGAGGUUCUUGAAGAUGGCUUUGUUCACUUUGGUAUUUUUGAUAGAGUUUUUAGCAAGGAUUUAUCUUGCACGUGACCGGAAAACGGUUAUUUCCGGCGGUGACGGUGUCGAACUCUGGCCUAGGAAAUUGGCUACCGCUAGGUUCUUGCUUAAGGACAUGAAGGAGGUGAAAAAGGCAAUUCCCAACACUACCAUUAACGAUGUCCUGUUCGGGGUGGUGUCAUCCGGGCUAUCAAGAUACUUAGAUCACCGAACACCAAAUGCUUUGCAUGAAGGUCUUCGUAUGACAGGUGUAGCAAUGGUUAAUUUAAGAUCAAAACCAGGUUUGCUGAAAAUAUCCAAGUUGACGAAGGAUAAUUCAGAAGCAAGAUGGGGGAACAGAUUUGGUGUAAUUUUGCUACCUGUGUUCUAUGAUAAAGCUGGUAAUGAUCCUUUGAAGUAUUUGAAGAGAGCAAAGACAAUGGUUGACAGGAAGAAAAAUUCCCUGGAAGCUUAUUUCUCGUACAGGAUUGGUGAUCUUGUAAUGACCCUGCUAGGAUCAAAGUAUGCUUGUUUGCUUAACCACAGGCUUCUUUGCAAUACCACCUUCACCAUCUCAAACAUGAUUGGCCCUCUAGAGGAGAUUACACUUGCAGGCAACCCUAUCUCCAGCAUUAAGGUCAAUACCUCCAGUCUGCCGCAGGCUAUCACGAUGCACAUGUUGAGUUAUGCUGAUAAAGCCGAGAUGCAAAUUCUUGUAGCGAAAGAUAUCAUCCCUGACCCGGAGUUCCUAGCUAAGUGCUUUGAAGAUGCCUUGCUUGAAAUGAAAAUGGCAGCAAUAGGAGGCCAAUAAAGCAUAGAAAAACUUAUAACUUAAUAGUUGUAGGUGAGAAACUCAUGAACAUUACAUUUAUCACAUAAAAUUUAUUGUGAA